AUGAUUCUUACAAGGAUCAAAGUGCCUUUUUUGAGAGUAGAUUACACUAAGCAAAAACAUUUCAAUAAUCUGCGAUUAUUGAAACGGUUAAUCUCAAAUGACAAAGAAAAGAAAUUUGAUGUGAUUGUUGUUGGUGGUGGUCAUGCCGGAACCGAAGCAUCUGCUGCUGCUGUUAGGAUGGGUGCAAAGACACUGUUGGUUACUCAGAAAAAAAAUACUAUAGGAGAAAUGUCAUGUAAUCCUUCGUUUGGUGGAAUUGGAAAAGGUCAUUUGAUGAGAGAGGUGGAUGCUUUAGAUGGAGUUUGUUGUCGAAUAUGCGAUAUUUCUGGAAUACACUAUAAAGUUUUAAAUGUAAGAAAGGGACCGGCGGUAUGGGGUCUAAGAGCUCAAAUUGAUCGAACACUUUAUAAGAAACACCUUCAAGCAGAGCUCUUCAAUAUGCCUGGAUUACAUAUCUAUGAAUCCUCUGUAGAAGAUCUGAUUUUAAUACAUGAGCCAUUAUCUUGCUGUGGAGUAAUUCUUAAGGAUGGAACAAAGAUAUUCAGUGAUGCGGUAGUUAUAACUACAGGGACGUUCUUGAAAGGUCAAAUUAUUAUAGGUUUGGAAAAGAAGCCUGCAGGUAGAAUGGGCGACGAGCCUAGUAUUGGUUUAGCAAAUACAUUGGAUAAGCUUGGUUUUCGAAUAGGAAGAUUGAAAACUGGAACACCUCCAAGACUAGAAAAAGAAAGCAUCGACUUUACCAAGUGUACGGAAAGUCCGCCGGACAGUUCUCCUGUACCGUUCUCGUUUAUGAACGAUAACGUGUGGCUACCACCAGAGAAACAAGUACCUACGUACUUGACAUACACAAACGAGAAUGUCGCAAAAAUCGUAAACAAUAAUAUGCAUUGCAAUUUACACGUCACAGAGGAAAUAACAGGUCCGCGAUAUUGUCCGAGCAUAGAGAGCAAGAUUCUGCGCUUCAAAACUUCUCAGCAUCAAAUCUGGCUGGAACCGGAAGGCUUAGAUUCUCCGUUAAUUUAUCCGGCCGGAUUAUCGUGCACUCUGCCGGAAGAUAAGCAAGUGGAACUUGUCAAAUGUAUUCCAGGAUUGGAAAACGCUCGAUUAGUGAAACCCGGCUACGGCGUCGAAUACGAUUACGUAGAUCCCAGAGAAUUGACCUCGCAAUUGGAAACUAAAAAGAUUCCAGGACUAUUUCUCGCUGGACAAAUAAACGGUACCACUGGUUACGAAGAGGCUGCUGCUCAAGGUAUUGUUGCAGGUGUCAACGCGGCUGCUAAGGUGUUUAAAAAACCGCCGCUUUUAAUAAGUCGAACAGAGGGUUACAUCGGCGUUCUCAUUGACGAUCUGACAACAGAGGGUACUACAGAACCGUAUAGAAUGUUUACCAGCAGAUCAGAGUUUCGAGUUAGCUUGCGUCCCGAUAACGCCGAUCAGAGAUUGACAGAGAAGGGCUACGAGAUAGGUUGCGUUUCCGAAGAAAGAAUACGCAAGAUGAGGCACAUUUUUUGUAAAAUGCAGGAGGCUAUUCAAAUACUUAAAAAUGAAAGUCUGCCGAAUCACGUAUGGCGAAAAAUGUUUGAUUUGAAGAUUUCGAAGAACAAAGAACGCAAGUCGGCUUUUGAGAUGCUGUCUUUGACGACCGACAAAAUCACGUUUGCGCAAUUAGCGGAGAAAUUACCGCACUUAUUAGGUUACCUGGACAAAGAUCCCAAUCUAGCGAGAAGAGUGGAGAUAGAGGCAAAAUAUUCUCACGUUGUAGCGGAUCAACAGCAUCAAGUAGAGGACAUUAGAAAGAACGAGCAAAUGAUUAUACCUUUUGACAUUGAUUACAACAGUUCUGAAUUAAAUAUCUCUGUUGAAGACCGAGAGAAGCUUACGAAACAUCAUCCAAACACGAUUGCGGCGGCCAAUAAGAUUUCAGGUGUGACUCCUUCAGCUAUAUUUAAAUUAUAUUAUUAUAUUAAACAUUAUUCCAACAAAGAUAGUACAAGGUUACAUACGUAAUAUAGUGAUAACAAUUAAAUAAAUUUACUUUUGUAA